GUUUCAGACCGGCUCCUAUGCAAUAUUGUUGCUGGCUUCAUCGAUGAAUGCAGAGAGGCUGAUCCUGACGUAGCCGAGACCCUUCAAAGCUCCAAGCUUUUGCAAAAGUUGAGUAAGGCGUCGAAAACUCGGCAUGAAAACCGAUCCGGGGAAGCUUUUGAGGCUGCAGGCUUGGCAGCCCCAGUACCAAUUCAUAUGAAGGAUGUUGGGGCCAAAUUUCAACAUCCGAUCCUCAAGGUGACAGACUUUCUACAAGCUUUCGCGACGCAUCGGAAGCGCUUCAAGGCGCACGAUCCGCAGCAUCCAGUUUUUCAGAUCCAUGCAAAGCAAUUGGCGCAGGUGCUGCCAUUGCAGAUUCACUCGGAUGAAGGACAAACCCUCAAGAAGACUGGUGUAAUGGUGAUUAGCUGGCAGUCGCCGCUAGGCUUUGGAACAACUAUGCAAGACGACUCCCCAGAAGCUAUGUGUCUCAACUUUAUCGGGAACUCGUAUUCUACGCGGUUCUUGUUUACAGUUUGUACCAAGAAAUCCUAUCGAAAGAAAACUGCCUUCGUACUUGAUCGCAUCUUCGAAGUCUUGGUGGAUGAGCUACAUAGCCUUUUCCACGAAGGUGUCCUUCUAACAAUUGGUGGUGAGGAGAUGCGAUUCUUCAUAGCUACCAUUGGAAUGAAAGGCGAUUGGCCCAUUCAUGCUCGUGUUGGUCAUCUUACUCGACAUUUUGCGCGCAAGGGUGUUUACAAGGAGUCUGCUACAAGUGGAUUUUGCCACCUUUGCAGGGCUGGAGAAACCGAUUAUCCUGCGUUUGAUUUCAGUGCUGGUGCGGCCUGGCGAGGCUCAUAUCUGACAUCAACUCCAUGGGCUGGUGAAGGUGGCCCCUUGUGCAAGCUGCCGCAAUCCCCAAAGAAGGAGUUCAUGCACAAGUUCGAUUGCUUUCAUACUUGUCAUAAAGGGAUCUUCGCUGAGCUCGCUGGAAGUGCUAUAGCCAAGGUUGUCCUUACUGAUUACAAGUUGGUGGGGCCUGGCGAUUUCCAGACGCAGCUGGACCGGAUUUAUGAGUUGCUUCAGGCGUUUUGCAAGGAGACACAAACACCGCUUCAUAUGGAUGGGAUUACUCGAAAUUCCUUGGCGUUUCCAGGGGACUAUGAGUACCCAGCAGGGAUGUGGUUCAAGGGGGCUGAUACCUCUGCAGUCUGCCUCUUUUUCGAGCAGUACCUGCUGCUGCAUAUGAACGACAUAUCGGAUGACAGGGAGUACUUCUUAAGUAUGUUGUCGGCCUUCAAGAGUGCCAAUGCUUUCUUGAGAACACUCUACAGAAGCGGUUUGUGGUUAUCGCGAGAGCGAUGCCGUCAGGCUGCGCAAGCUGGUGUGGAUUUCAUUCGAGCUUACCGUGAAAUUGCAUCGAUUGCUUACUCACUGGAUCGCACGCGCUUUAAGCUGACACCAAAGUUGCAUGCAUUCUUCCACAUAGUGGACCACUUGUGUGUUGCUUACGAGUCUGAGCGUCGCUGGACACUCUCGCCGUUGAGUGAGAGUGUCCAGAUGGAUGAGGACUUUGUGGGGCGGAUAAGCUCUUUGACGUGCACGGUCUCUACUCG